GAACAUUAGACGUACUAGACCUCUGAACAUACGGAGGAGGCUCCGGCACACCGAGACCGGUUUGGCCUGUCUUACAACUUGACUAGACUCUGGACGGGUCCCGCCGUAUGUGCGGGGUCACAGUCGUAACUCUGUGGGAUCACAGAUCGAUACAGAACGGUAUUGAUUUGCUCGAUCACGAAUUCCGAUCGUUGGACUUUCGUUUCUCUGACACUAAAGAACGAGGAAGUCGAGAGCGCGCGGUAACUUCCGCGUGCCCCUUUGUUUCCAAACAGCUGCACUCUUUGUUUACAGAGCGGCUCGCACAGCUGCACGUGUCUGAGCGCGUGAGCGCUGGAGGGGCAGCUGGUUCUCUGGUUCCGGUUUAGUUCAGAGGAGAACUUUCUCCCCGAUCCCGCCACGGAACCGGGAGGAGGGGGGGGGGGGGGGGUUGUUUUCUGCCAUGAUCACAGCCCACAGACCGGUCUGGAUCAGGUUCCCGGGGUGUGGAACCUGCAGCCCAGGUUACCUCAGCAGGUUGACCUGUGUCUAGUUGUUGGAGGAGAACAUGCGCCAUGGAGUGGUACGCUCCUCCCCCCGCAGGCUGGCGGCCCCCGCUCUGCUGCUCCUCGUCCUGCUCCCCCAUGGCCUCUCUUCAGAGUGCUCGCCCCCCACCGAACCGGAGAACGGGGGCUACCGCUGCCGGCCCUCCCCCUGCCAAGGCCUCCCCCACAACACAGUGAUUGAAUACUUCUGUGACGAGGGCUACGCUCUGAAAGGAGACGAGAAGUUCCUGACGUGUCAGAACGGGGAGUGGGACCACAGCCUGCAGAUCAGCUGCCGCCCGGUUCAGGACAAGGAGCCUGGCUCCUCCCUGGGCGUCCCGGCACUGACCGUGGUGGCGUCCACGGCCAGCUGCGUGGCGCUGAUCCUGCUGCUGGUGGUUCUGUUUGUUCUGGUUCGGCCCAGACUCAAGUCCUUCCAUCACAGCAGGAGGGAGCAGGAGGUGUCGGGGCAGCCCUGCUCCAUCAUGGUGGGGGGGAUCCAGGUUCCCCUCCCCUCCUAUGAGGAGGCCGUUCAUGGAUGCAGGGGCGCCUGCAGCACCACGUCUGCAGAGAUGCCCCUCCCCACCGGCGUCUCAGAGGAGGUUCCUCACACAGACCGAGAUGACCACCUCCUUUCCUGCCGCAGUCACACAGACACGGUUCUUCUUCAUCAGGACAGUUCGUCUUCAGCAUUGGCUGAAACCCCCACCUGGGGGGCAUGUGCAGGCCCUGUGCCCCCCCGCAGAGGCUCUGGAGAUGACGACCAGCAGAGUCUGCUCUCUGCCACUUCUGCAGAGGAGUUCUGUGACGACGUUCCUCUGCUGAAGGACGCGUGAAGCCGGCCUGCCGUCACCCCCCCCCCCCCCCCCCCCCCCCCCCCCCCACCCACACACACCUCUGUGGUGAGUUCAGGGACCAGGAUGGGACGGGGCAGACCUGCAUACUGGUUCCUCCCUGUGGGGGUGAGGAACAUGCAGCGGUGGAGAACCUUAGAUCUUUGAUGGUUCCUACUCUGAAUGCUCCUGAUGUUCCUCCUCUUUUCCCAUUGCCGCCCCCCUCCCCGUCACUUUCUGCUGUGGUGAUGGCAGCCCACAGGAACCGUUGACUUUCUACAGAACCCGGGUUCUUGAUUCUGUUCUAAUGCUUCAUAUUUAGCUGUUCUGGACACCUGGGGGGUAAUUUAAUGUUUGUAUAAAGUUUAAUUUAAUUUGAAUGUCUGCACAGAAGUUUUUAAUUGAAGCGUUCUUCUGGAUGUGGAUCUGGUCUGCUGGUUCUCACCGGUUUUCAGGAUCCGUUCAGUCUGGAGAUCCUGGCCUGGGGGGGGUGUGAGGACCACAAUAAGAAAAUAAAGUUUCUUUUGCAGAUGUAUUUAUUCAGAAGUAUUUCUAUACAAAGAUACUAUAUUUGUUCAUAAUAAAGUGUGUUUUCUGCCAGC